CUGUGGCUGCAGGCAGCAAAUUCGACCCAGGGAUCGGCCGCAGAAGUCCUGGAUUAAGUGGAUGUGGGAGAAUCCAGGACCAGAGGCUAUAGCCUCAGAAUAAAAGGAUGUACCUUUGGAAAGGAGAUGAGGAGGAAUUUAUUUAGUCUGAGGGUGGUGAAUCUGUGAAUAUUUUUGAAGGUGGAGAAAGAUAGAUAUUGAUUUGUAAUGGUGUCAGGGGCUGUGGGGAGAAGGCAGGAGAAUGGGGUUGAGAGGGAAGGAUAGAUCAGCCAUGUUUUCAAGAGAGAGUUAGAUUUAGCUCUAAGGGCUAAGGGAAUCAAGGGAUGUGGGGAAAAAGCAGGAACAGGGUACUGAUCAGGGUACUGGAUGAUCAGCCAUGAUCAUAUUGAAUGGUGGUUCUGGCUCAAAGGGCCGAAAUGGCCUACUCCUGCACCUACUUUCUAUGUUUCAAUGAUUGAAUGGUAGAGUUGAUGGGCCAAAUGGCCUAAUUCUGCUCUGAGAACUUAUGAACCUAUGAAGUCCUAAUGAGGUCAGGAUUGGCUGCUUCACCUGGGCAGGACUUCAAGUGCCCUCUUGGAAUUUUGUUGGAAUUUUGUCUAGGUUAAAGGAAGCACUGGACCAUAUUUGCUGUAAAAUCGAUGGUGGGUCUGUAGUUAGAGCAAAGCAGAAUAAUGAUGCACACACACAACAUUAUACACUAGAAGUUGCAGACCUUUGGGGCACUGGCGAUAAAUUCUGCAGGCUCACUGGCGCUGAUAUACAUCAGAUGGUUAAAUAACCCAUCUACAAACAAAAAAUUCUACAGUAAUGCAGGCCGUGGCUGCUGCAGUAAAAAAUAUCAGCCACGAUUUUAUGCUCAAGCAAUUUGUCUGGAGUUAAAACCAAUCUUUAACCACAUGAAAUGCAGCUGAACUAGGGGGUGAGGCAUGGAUAUCCGUCAAUUGCGACCACAUCGAUAAAGCACUGCUUUGAAACACAGGCCACGGGGGCAAGCAAAAUAAAACAAUCAAUAAGAUGUAACUCUCCAAAUCUAGCUGUUCUUUACUGCGUCUGUUGUCAAAAUGUUUCAUUAGGCAGAGAAAAACGUACAAGUUGUAACACCAUUUUUUUUUAACCGCAGAGUGUGAUUUCUUUUAACAUCAGACAUUUUCUUUUACCUUGACCACCAUUAGCUGGGAUCCAUUCUAAUGUAUUACUGUAGUUCUACAGUACGGAGGGCACAGAAUCUCAGCGGGUCAGACAGCAUCUCUGGAUAAUAGGAACAGUUGACAUUUUGGGUCUUCAGACUAAGAGUCAGGGAACCGGGAAACACAAAAUAUAGACGGUGAUAUAGAGAGAUAUAGAACAAAUGAAUAGUAUGCAAAAUGUAACGAUCAAGGAAAGAGGAGGAUGACUGAACUUUGGUGCCUUCCGUCACUGUGGGAAACUUUGAUUCUGCUGUGUGGGGAUGUUUGUGUUAAAAUCUUUUGUGUGUUGUGUUCUUAUUUAUUCGUAUGGCUGUAUGGUGAUCCAAAUUUCACUGUACCAGUUGGUGCAUGUGACAAUAAAUGUCUCUUGAAUCUUGAAAGGUGGAGCACACAAUGGUCCAUUGUUGGCUGUGGGCCACGUGAUAAUGAGUUAUGCAGACAGUGAAACGCAACAGGUCGACAGCGAAAAUAGUAUGACUAGGGUGGGGGAGGGACGGAGAGAGAGGGGAUGCAAAGUUAGAGAAAUCAAUAUUGCAAAAAAGCAAAAUAUGAGGUGCUGUUCCUCCAAUUUGCAUUUGGCCUCACUGACAAUGGAGGAGGCCAAGGACAGAAUAGACAGUGUGGGAAUGGGAAGGCGAGUUUAUUUGGCAAUCGGGAAUACUGUUCAUAAGUUCAUGUGAUAGGAGCAGAAUUAGACCAAUUGGCCCAUCAAAUCUACUCUGCCAUUCAAUCAUGGCUGAUCUAUGUUCCUCUCUUAACCCCAUUCUCCUGCCUUCUACCCAUAGCCGCUGACACCCAUACUAAUCAAUAAUCUAUCUAUCUCUUACUUUAAAAUAUCCAAUGACUUGGCCCCCGCAGCCUUCUGUGGCAACCAAUUCCACAGAUUCACCACCCUCUAACUAAAGAAAUUCCUCCUCAUCUUCUUCCAAAAGGAACAUCUUUUUAUUCUGAGGCUGUGCCCUCUGGUCCUAGACUCUCCCACUAGUGGAAACAUCUUCUCCACAUCCACUCUAUCCAAGGCCGCAAGUCUUUCUGACGGUAAUAGGAUGAUGAGCACCCACAGUUCACGAGAAGCCUUGGCCUUCAAUUCCUCAUGUGUUGACUAGACGUCACAAUGGCACCGAUGUCAUGCCUAGUGCUGAUGUGACAAUCGCCUGGCCGGGUCGCCUUGUGAUUGGGCAGUACAUGUCGGGGUUGCUGGGGAAAUGACAGAGGUUGGAGCACCAUACAUGCCCAGGUGUGUCCAGGUAACCCCUAAACUGAUCAUGGGCUCCCCCCGAUCUCAGGAGUACUAGGUCCCUACAUUUCCCUACAUUGCAUCCAGUCCAACGCUGAGCAGAGGAUCUUCCUGAAAUAUUACAGAUUCAUCGAGUUUUCUUUUCUUAAAUUAAGACGAGGGGCAGGAAUCCGGGCACAAUGUCGACGGAAACUCUUGUUUCAAAUUCUGGACUUGACCUCCCGUACGUCUUGCCCACGUUCAGGGAGCGGGUCAACAAAUACCGCUCAAUGGUGGGAAAAAUGCUGCAGAACAUGAAUGACUCUGAAAACUAUAAGAAGAUGGCGGAUGCUGACCCUAUGACAUAUGAUGUGUUCUAUGAUACGGUUCAGGAUCUCUUCAUAGGUGAACUGAAAACUGAAAGCAUAAAGACUGUUUUUAAGAAGAUCAAUAACAAUCUGGAUUCACAUGUUGACUGGACUGAACUUUUUGGCUAUUUUCCAUCACUUGGGCAGGAUAUCAUGAGAGAAGCACCAAUAUUUAUGCUCUCCAGGCGACAGUGUAUUGAACAGAGAGAAGAAGAAAGAAGACAUCAUGAUCAUCUUCAGUGCAUAAUUAGUGUGCCACAGGUUGAUCAAGUGAUAGCAGCCACUCAUAAAGGAGCAGUUUUAGUUUAUAACAGUCGAGUAAGUUUGAGAGCUACAUUCGUCUCCGUCAUAAUCUUAGUCAUAGAGUCAUACAGUGUGGAAACAGGUCCUUCAGCCCAACUUGCCUCCACCAACCCACAAGCCCUAUCUACUCUAGUCCCACUUGCCCGCAUUUGUCCAAUAUUCCCCUCUAAACUUGUCCUAUCCAUGUAUCUGUCUAAUUGCUUCUUAAAUGUUGUGAUAGUCCCUGCCUCAACUACCUCCUCCAGCAGCUCGUCCCAUACAUCCAUAUGGUGUUGAAAAGUUACCCAGCAGAUUCCUAGAAAUUCUUUCCCCCUUCACCUUAAACAAUGCCUUCUGGCUUUCUAUUCCCCUACUCUGGGCAAGAGACUCUGUGCAUCUACCCGAUCUAUUCCUCUCAUGAUUUUGUACACCGCUAUAAUAUCACCCCUCACCCUCCUGCACUCCAGGGAAUAGAGUCCCAGCCUGCUCAACCUUGCCCUACAGCUUAGGCCCUCGAGUCCUGGAAACAUCCUUGUAAAUCUUCUCUUCAUCCUUUCCAACUUGGCAGCAUCAUUCCUAUAACAUGGUGCCCAGGAUUGAACAACAAAAUACUCGAAAUGUGGUCUCACCAACGUCUUAUAUAACUGCAACAUGACUUUCCACCUCUAUACUCUUCAUAGUUUCAAAAAGAAUUGAGUAUGUGAGGUGGUCCUCCAUUUCAAUAUUACAGUAAAUGUACCAAAGAUAGACACAAAGUGUUUGAGUAACUCAGUGGGUCAGGUAGCAUCUCUGGAGAAAACGAAUAGGGAUGAUUCAGGUCUGAACCCUUCUGCAGACUGUAGUCACUGAGUUACUUCAGAAUUUUGUAUCUAUCUUUGGUGUAAAACAGCAUC